GGCUAAUUAUGAAGUUUUUUAGCUGAAGGCUGUACUGUCGAUGAGUCUGAAUCGUUACAUGUGCACCCCUAAUUUGCUAACUGCUGACCUUUCCUUUUCAAACUUUAUUUGCCUUGCUUUUCUUCGUGGGAAUUGUGGACAGCUACAGCUGCAGAAAACACAGUAUUUGCAGUUGGGACAGUCUCGUGGCCAGUACUAUGGAGGGUCACUGCCAAAUGUGAAUCAGAUUGGGAACAGUGCCAUGGACCUGCCCUUCCAGACCCCUUUUCAGUCGUCUGGAUUGGAUACGAGUAGAACGACUCGGCAUCAUGGUCUGGUGGACAGAGUGUACCGUGACAGAAACCGCCUUGGGUCACCACACCGGCGCCCGCUGUCUGUGGACAAACACGGGCGGCAGGUGGACAGUUGUCCGUAUGGAACAGUGUAUCUGUCCCCUCCGUCAGAUACAAGCUGGAGAAGGACCAAUUCUGAUUCUGCCUUGCAUCAGAGUACGAUGACACCAGCUCAACAAGAGUCCUUUUCAGGAGGGUCACAGGACAUGCAGCAAAAAAGAGUCUUAUUGUUGACUGUCCCUGGAAUGGAGGAAAGCUCAUCCGAGACGGACAAAACCCUCUCUAAACAAGGAUGGGACACUAAAAAGACAGGGUCAUCGAGGCCUAAAUCGUGUGAAGUUCCAGGAAUCAACAUCUUUCCAUCAGCUGACCAAGAGAACACUACAACGCUGAUUCCUGCCACACACAACACAGGCGGCUCCCUGCCAGACCUGACCAACAUUCAUUUCCCUUCUCCCCUCCCAACGCCACUGGAUCCUGAGGAAUCCACAUUCCCAGCCCUGAGUAGCUCCAACAGCACCGGAAAUCUUGCAGCCAACUUGACUCACUUGGGCAUCAGCUCUGCCAGUCAGGGAAUGGCAACAACGCAAGGCUCUUCCCAGCAGCAUCGGCAGCCAGCUGUCAGUCCCCUCUCGCUGAAUGCAGACUCGAGACGGCCGCAGUCCCAGCAGAUGUCUCCCACGCUCUCCCCUCUGUCGCCAAUCACACAGGCUGUGGCGAUGGACGCAUUGUCUCUGGAACAGCAACUUCCACCAUACCCAUUUUUUACACAGACAAGUUCACAGCAACAGCAGCAGACCCAAGUGGCAAGUACUCUGCCUCAAAAUACCCCUUUAAUGCAGACCUCUGGUUUACAGCGAGGAACACAGCUUCCCCCACUCUCAGUUACGGUACCUUCCACCAUCCCACAGUCACCUCCAGGCAGCCAGAGCCAGCCUUCAAUGGGGAUAGACAUCACCUCGGCGUCACUCCAGCAGUACCGCAGUAAUGCUGGAUCCCCAGCCAACCAGUCUCCCACCUCUCCUGUCUCCAAUCAAGGCUUCUCUCCUGGCAGCUCCCCUCAACACUCUUCCAUUCUGGGCAGUGUAUUUGGUGACUCCUAUUAUGAUCAGCAGAUGACAGCUAGGCAGGCUAAUGCCCUAUCCCAUCAGCUUGAACAGUUUAAUAUGAUAGAAAACGCCAUUAGUUCCAACAGCCUGUACAGCCCGUGCUCCACCCUUAACUACUCCCAGGCAGCUAUGAUGGGCCUUACUGGGAGUCACGGCAACUUGCAGGACUCGCAGCAGCUGAAUUACUCCAGCCACGGAAACAUCCCCAACAUCAUCCUUACAGUGACAGGAGAAUCGCCUCCCAGCUUAUCAAAAGAACUGACCAGCUCUUUGGCAGGCGUCGGAGAUGUCAGCUUUGAUUCGGAUUCUCAGUUCCCUCUGGAUGAACUCAAAAUUGACCCUUUGACCCUAGAUGGACUGCACAUGCUUAAUGACCCAGACAUGGUCCUCACUGACCCUGCCACAGAGGACACUUUCAGGAUGGACCGGCUGUAGGGUGUGGACAAUGAGCCUGGGAAUGGGACGUGUUCCUGGAGCCCCGCUGAACUGAAGAAGUCCAAUGGGUCAGUCGUGUCAGAUUGAGUGAGUUGCUGAGACCAGUAGCUCCGUCAUGUACAACGUGUACAAUGAGUAAAGCUUGUUGUUCUAAGCUUGCAGUGCUGCAGACCCCCACUUCCCACCGCGCCAUAUUUUAUCCCUGUUCCACUCAUUGCCAUUAAAUGAGCAAGGAGUUUGCGUCGGCCUCCUCCCCUCCGAGCCCCCGGCACCGGAGUCCCAGCAUACGGUUGUCAAUUUAUCCUUUGCACUAGAAACGAGGAGGGGUGGGGGUUCCGGGACGGGGAAGGUUCAGAGCCAAGGAUAAAGAGAUCUGUGUAAAAUACCGACCGGCUGGCGGUCGACGUGCUGCCGAAACAGCGUCUCCUCGCGAGGCCGAGGGAGAACUGACCGCCGGCUCCCCCAUUCACUCGAAAGCCUACGUGUUGCCUCCCUCUGGAGCCGAGGGAGGGCAUCUUUUGCGGUUUUGACUCUCAGGCUGCUUUGUGACAGCUGCUUUGUCGAGUAAAACGCUUCUCCCUUGAUUGAUAUGCCAUGUUUGUUUUCAGGUUCGUUCCCCAGCUGUUGUCCAGCACCCACUGCCUGUUCUCACGCCCUGAGCAAACUCAUGUACUCAGCAAAGCAGGAAGGCGGCCUGGCAGCCCCAUGGGCUUUUGUAGCCGGUUAUCCAAAAAGACUGUAAACACUAUUUUCAGAGCUGUUUCUUUUUUAAAAAAAUAAAAUAAAAUAAUUAAAAAAAAAAAAAAAGAGAAUUUCUGAGCACACAAAAAAGUCCUAUAAUUCAUUACCUGGUGAGCAUGAAGGAAUGACGGGAACUUUUUAAACCAGCUGCAGGUAUCUUGGAAGCUGAGUUGCAGACAAUUUUUUAAUUCUCCUCUUUUGUGUGAAAGUCCUGGGCAGAGGGAAGGGCGUGUGUUUGGCACUGCCAAGUCCCAGUCCCAACAGCUAUUUUUAUGGGGUUUUUUUAAUUAUUAUUAUUAUUAUUAUUAUUAUUAUUCUUGUUCCUCACCCAUUAAAUAUUCUGUUGCCGUUAUUUAUGGAUUUUUUUUUUAAUUUAAGUGUUUGGAUAUUAGAGAAGUAGCUAAACUACAUAAGGCCAAUCGAAACAUUCUGCAUCAUGUUUGUACAGUACAUCCUGUUGUGUUCUUAAUCCGGAAAUAUUAUAUCUAUCUAUAUAUGUGUGUGUGUAUUUUUAACUAACUGGAAUUUUAAACAAAUGCCGCCCAGACGUAAGCCCAGGGGAAGUUUUGUCAAGCAUUUACCUUUUUAUACGCUCAAAUUAGGGUGACAGGAAAGUACGUAUUCCUUCUACUGCCCUGGAAAAAAUCACUUGCUCUACAGCAAAGCAGUACUGUAUUCUUGCGCACGCUGCGACACUGUUAAAUCCAUAAUAAGACUACUUCUGUUAGUCAUUGUUAAUAUUCUGCGGUGCAGUGUAACAGAACGAUGAAUGAUACUUUAUCAAUGACAGAUUGAAAAAACAAACCACCCAUUGAUUCGGAAUUGGUGGUUUCACUUAAAUGUAAUAGAUGAGAAUGACAUUCAGUAAUGAGUCCCAGAUCCCUGACACGAGCAUCUCUCGCAAAUCUGAAAAACGUGUCUCGCUGUUUACCCAGAGCUCGAUGCACUUAGAGUAAUUGCCUAAGAAGCAGAGCCAUUAACACGCGGCGGGCAUUGCACCAGAGUCUGCACAGGAGCAGGGCUUCUAAAUACGCUGACUUUUGUUAAUCAACUGCGCUUGAAUUUUACUGACAAAAACUCAACGGAUAGUAGUGCAUUGAACGAUGUCAAUUAAGGAAUCGCUGCCGAAGGGGCGCAUUUCCAUUCCGGAGAGGCUGAACAUCCAAACAGAUUUGUUUGAUAUAAUCUCAAAUAAAGAAGCCUUUUUAACUAUACUUAAAGCUGGGUUGGUUUUGUUUUCCCCCUCUCUGGGAUGACAGUUAUUUCAGCCUCUGUAAAUCCUAUUCUCCCUGUUGACUGAAGCUGCAUUGCAUUGAUUUGCAUUGGUCUAAAAAUGCACCACGGCUUUUUCAGUUGUGAAGCUGGUAUUUUUGGAAAAGAUUCUCCCCUUGCCCCCGCCCCACAGCCCAACUCGCUUCUUCUGGCCCCCUCGCAGCUCCCCUGGCAAAAGCAACCAACCAAAAAACCCCCCUUGCUGUUUUGAGCAGAAAACGUAAAAGUCCGCAGAGAGCGGACCACUCCUAAUGAGUUAUAGCUCCGUUUCUGUGUGCUUCCAGAAAUCUGUGGGGUGCUGCCCUGAGAUUCGCAGACGCUGCUGAGCAGAAUCGCUGGCAGGAUCGUGUAUAAUCUGGGUGCGUGUUUGCUCACGUUUGUGCCAUUAGUCGACCAUUUGCACUAACGACAUUUUCUUUUUCCAAGCUCUCAUGGCCAUGCAAGCUUUCUCCAAGAGGUGCUUUUCUCUGGUUCCUCCCCAUAAAGCUUUGAGGUUUUCCUGCAUCUCCAUUUACAACAUUUGUUAACAUUUACGCCUGAGAUGACAUGUUGCUCCCUGAUGUCUGCUUAUUUCAGAUUGCUAAUGCUUUCCCGAUUUAAAAAGUAGCUUCAGAGAGGAGGAUGCCCUAGCAGAACACGAGUCAUUUGAGAGCAGAUUAUUUGGAGUCCUUUGCUUCAAAGCAGCCAAAGGUACAGUGCAAACUGAAUAUGCUUCUCGCAGUUUAGUCUCCUCGACGGCACUGUUGGUCCACUGGUGGGAUCUCUGUCUAUAUUGCCCUCUUGUUCAGACGGCUCUUAUGCAUGUAACUCUUGUCUGUGAUCUGUUUGUUUUAAAACCAGAGUCACUGCAGCCCGAAGCGUCCAGUUAGGAAUUCCAGCCCCUACUGGAGAGUGUCGCGGGGAGAUCUCGCUAGAGGCUACCUUCUGACGUGUUGUUUUUUUUUAAUUACACGUGUAUAUAGGAGAGCUUGUUUAUUAGACUUGUAAGUAGACGUUUAAAAUGGCCUUAAUUUAAAAAUAUCGUUUGGGUGGGGAAAACAUCUGGAUGCAAUUGUCCAAAAAAAGGAGGGACCAUCUAAGUAGGAGAAGUGUUUUCACUCUGUUCCUUUUUGGGGGUAGGGGCGAGGGCAUUGUGGGAAGGGGGUGGUUGGUGGGGUGUAUUGUCUCUCCUGCCCCAAGACGGGGCAGGCUAGCUGCUUUAUUUUUAACCCUUUGAGAGCCCGCGCGAUGAGUUCAGUCCAGCGUCAUCCCAUUUCAGCCCUUUCUGCACUUCGCUUCCUAGCAGACUGGCCUCUUAGCAGCAUGUGUGCGCCCUUCACCAGCAGCUGAAUGAUUCCCUUUCCCUUUUGUUAAACACUCUGUAUUUAAAGUUUAAAGCGUAGAGCCAGCGUGUUCACAACAAGUAGCGCACUCUUUGUUUUAGUCAGCUAAUCUCACUUUCCAUUUAAAUUCACCUCACAGGGGCAGUAAGUGUGGGAAAUGAUGAGCCAUUAGAAUAAAGGGAUGAUACAUGCAGACAUCAAGGCAAAGUAGUGCCGGAUGAGAAAAUCGGAGGUGUUGGUCCGUGUUAUUUCAGUGGUAAAUCAUUUUUGAGCGUCUCGUGUCUCAAAGGGUUAAUGUCCAAACAUGCCUGCUGAUUCGUUUCCGUAUAGCCGAUGUUUUUAUAAGAAUUUCCCAAAACAGACUGUUGCAUUUGCCAAUAUUUUGGGGAAAUAAUAGGAAUAAACUUUCAAUGUAUAGAAUACUGUGAUUUCAAAAAGCAGGUUUCUGCUAUUUAGCGCAGCUUGCGGGGGGGGAGGGGGAGCUGUUUUCCAUUGUAUAUAGUGUUGACUUCUGCAUUCUCUUUACAAACGGAUCCGCGCAGGCCGAGUCGAGGUAGCUCUGUGUGCUGCAUGCAUGACUGACCACAGGCAGCGUCGAACGCGUCUGUCUCACCGCUGCUUGUGCAUGUGAGUGACCACUUUGCCAGCAUCCCUUAACUGCGCACAACCUUCCUGGUCAGAGAGAGCCCUGGACUAAAGUAAGGAAACAAUGGCAGAGGGGGGCAGAGUUUGCAGAUUUGUUCGGGAAGAAACGAUGGGUCGUUUGCGUGCUGGUUUGUUUCUUGCUGUGCGCUGAGAGUCCCGGUGCACCCCACUGAACCAAGAUGCUUGCUUCUGACCUCCUGCUGGGUGACUGAGCGCCACGCUAAGCUGGCAUGAAAGCAGUAGCUGGCAAAGAGGUGUCCUUUUUAAUUUUUUUUUUUAAAACUAACUCCCACUGGCGUUGGCCCCUGCCUGUGUUGUUUUUGACACGUGCUUUUCCUGUAGAAACAGUGUUUCCGAGCCGCCCUCCCCGUGCGCAUGGUACUCGCUCGGAGCCCCCCUCGCUGCACAACCUGGGAACGGAAAGCCCCUCCGCAGGCAGUGGUUGACGUGUCUGCUGUGCUUACAGGAGACAAGCGUUGUGACCCACGCGUGGAGCCCCUGUCACUGUGAUGGCAAUGUGAACGAGCACUUAGCAUUUAUUCUGUGUAUGUCCUUUUCCAACGAGCAAGAACUGUGUAGUGGUCCUGUCCUUUGUACUUUCUGUUGCGAAUUCUUUAUCCUGCGCAGUGUAGGCAUGGAUUGCAUGUCGGUUUUCUACGCAGGCACCAUGACGACAUGAUGAGAACUGUGUAUUAUAAAUCAUUUUUACCUUUUUAAACAGAAUCAUUGUGUGGAGUUUCUAUACUGCAAAACCCAACACUACAUUAAGCUCUCCUCAUGCGUGUUGUUUAUUUUUUGGUGGGCGGGAGGGGGUGGCUCUCCCUGCAGUGUGUAUUCCCUUAUGUGGGCUUGACUGACUGUAUCACAAUAAAGGCCUGAAGGGGUGAAGCGUUUACUGUUUUAUUCGGUGAUGUGACCUGGGGCUGCAGAGGCAGCUGCGGAAGAGUGUGUUGUAGGAAGCAUAGGAUGGGAAGCAAAUAGGUAGUGGGCAGCACUGGAAAUCCAGCCGUGUAACAGGACAGACCAAGUCCUUGAAGCAGUUGGAAUGCUAUGUGUCGAUUUGAUGCCAGUCACGUGACGAAUAUGACGACAGCCUUGUCCAGCACGCCGAUGACAGACUGCGCCGCUUGUGGGAAGAUGGAUCCAGUAACAGUUUUGCUUUGGACUUGCCCUCAAACCUCCUCUCGCGUGCCCCGGCUCGUCAGAGGAAGUCCGUGGUGCUGCUCCUUGCCCUUCCCAAGAGGCUCCUGCUCUUUGGCUGUGGUGUUUGCUGCUCUGGCUGUAUCAGAGCAGUGUGUCGGGUUGUUGUCGGGUGGUGGUGUCACUGGAUAUCAAAAAGGAAGGAGAGAAGAGGAGGACGUCGCGCCUGGGCAGUAGUUCCAUAUGCACACGCUCUGAAUUCAGAUUCGGUUACAGCCCAUGUUCGGGUCUUGCAUUAGACUCCACUGGAAAACUGUCCCCGGGGCAAGACGCCCAGUUAGUGUCUCUGCAGGGCAGUCUGACCUCUCCCCAUGCAUCUCCCAGACCCUCCCUUCCACAUUUCCCACAGCUAAGGAUAAAAGCGGCAGGUUGGCAAGCUGCUAUUUCCGACUCGUCUGCCCUUGGGUUUCAGAUCUGUUUGCCUCGGUGCUCUGUUUCCCCCUUGCAGUAGCAGUGGAGGGAGACGCACAACCCCGGAGCCGCGCUCGUCAGCAAACAGUGCUGGGGGAGCCCGCGCUGUCCUGGCGAGCUCUGCAGUAGCCAUCGCGCUUUCGGAUCUUUUUGCACUGGAGUAACGGAUCCUUUCUAACCUGCGUUCCUCCAGGUGUCAGGACCAAAAAGACACGGGUGCAUUCCUCAGUGCUUUCGUGAUGCAAGGGGAGUGAAGAGCCUGCCUGUGCAGCCCAAGGGACUGCCAGGCCAGAGGUGCGUCUCUUCAGUCUCAGCCUUAUGCGUUCGGUCCCUUGAAACCAGGUGAAUGGUUUGCCUGUUUACUGUGCGAGGCUCAGUGUAAAUUUGUGUCCCACGUAGCCCGUAAGGAGACUGGAGCUGGACUACAUGGCUGUGCUGCCCUGAUGGAGCAUUUUUUGGCUGUGCUGCUCUGGCCACAGUCAAGAUUUACUGAUACACCUGCAUGCCACAGCUGCUUUUAGGGCAGUGAAGUGGGGUGCUCGGUUUUGCUGGACUCUGGAAAGGACUGGGCACCAUGAGCCACUGCCUUGUGUGCAGAAGUGUCGUUUGCCUUCGCCGUGUGAGGCGUGUAGUCGGCACGACAGGACAACUUCCCGGAUGCUGGUACAGCCGGGAGGGAUUGCAAGAACCGAGACCAGAGUCCCCUGUGGGGGCAUGGGGACGCUAGCGGGAGCGUAUUAGCUCCCUUAGCAAGAGUUCAGCUGCGUGAGCUGUUUACUCCCCGGGGACUUGUGCGGAAGGAAGGGCCGGCUGUUUAAUUGGAGCUUGCUAAAUAAACCAUUGCUGCUUUCAGGUCAUACGUAGUUUUACGAGUACAUAGUAGGAAAAGCAGCACAGAUGUUCAUUUUAGCUUCACUCUUUCUUACUGAGCCCCUGGUUUUUAUAUUAAAUAGCUAAAAGAGAACAGGGCAGAACGUCCAAACUAGACGGCCAGUUUUUGCCGGCUAGAGAAUCGGCCGGAUCCGAAAUGCUUCCUGGGGCAUGGCACGGUCUCCUUGUCUCUUCACGACAUGCGGCUCUCAGAAAAAGCUCGCGUGAAUGCAGUACAUCCUGGUACAGGGAGGUUGUUUUCUAAAUCUAGAAUACCUUAAACAACCGGCUCGCUCAGCCUGUGCUUCAGGCUAGCAGACGUAGGUCAGUCGAGGUGGCAGGAACUGCCUUAUUUUGCAUCUGUUCUCAGAGUCGCUGCGCGCUCCCCAGUUACUGUCCAGUAAGACCUUGAGGAGCUCAAGCAGCAGAUUGCUCUGCUUGUCAGCGCUGUGUUGUCCACGCUGCCCUUGUGUAAAGGCAACGCGACGCAAGCUCUUGGCAGGCAGAAGAACCGUAUCCUAUUUCUGAAAGGAAAGGUGAUUUCUGGAGAACACGGCUAAGCCCUGAGGCUGUUUCACUGUCCAUGUAUCUGGCUGUGCCCCGAUUAGGAGAAUUCACAGUGGCUAAUGUGGCAAAACUACUGUUUAGAACAAGCAAGUGCCUCGUUGAACAGUUUUUUUGGUCUCGAGUGAGCAGCGGGUGCCAGGAGACUGUGACCCUAAAGAAAGGACUCGCUGUAGACGGUUCUUUCUUGGCAGUUGUGAGCCAUCAGCAGCACCUGCGGGCUCCAGAUAGCCUUGGCGCAGUCCGAUGGAGCGUGUCGGUAUCGGACUAUUUCACUAUUUGAAUGUUUCCCUGCACUCAGGAUGAACCUCCCAGGGUUUCCUCCCCCUCUUCUCAGCUUGCUGUGGGUAUUGACUGUUCCCUGCCUUAGUUAAGACGUGCACUGAGACGUGCAUCUGCAUGUAGCGCCAAUAGAAAACAUAGCAGUAAAUUGGAUUAAACGGUCAGAACGCGGUGCCCGAGGGACGAGCCGUGUGCAGGCAGAGCGCAGAGCUUUCCCUGCCGCUCUGGGCAGUGGGGAGAUGCAGCCUGGGAAUCCCGAGUGGCCACGCGCUGUGACCCGGCAGCCAGAGCAGGAGUGAAGAAGCACCGUGAGCAAGCUGGGUUUUUUUUUUCUGAAGUUUGUACAGGACUCGGAGACAGAAGCUGAUCGGGGCCAGCUGCUAAAGCUGCUUGUCCCUUUCCAGCAGUGUUGCUCACAGCCAGCAGUUUUGGAUGUUCGUGGAGUUUCCGAGCUGCCGUGGGGAGCCCCCUUCCUUCGAAUCGCUUCUCUUGUGCGGCCUGACUGCAUGUUGGGAGCGGGCUGCAGACCCAGGCACACGAGCAUAAAGCCCCUGGAAGAGCUGGGCGUGCUCAAUGCCGAGCUAAAGGUGGUCACCUCCUUGCACACGCACCCGGCUGGUUGGGAAGCCGCCUCCUGCCUGUGCCUGUAGGCAGCGGGGGUGAGAGCCUCGUGGCUCCUGGUGCGCUGGUUCCUGUCAGGCAGGCUGCUAGUGCGGGGAGGGCAGGAAAUCCUCUCUUCUCUGGUGCCUGUGUCUAGAAGGAAGGGCUCGGUACCGCGCCUUUGUGGCCUCGUGCAGUCGGGAAGGGGCCUGGCAGAGCGGUCGGGCACAGAGCUGGCGCGUUUGCAGGCUGGUUGCCCGGCUUUUUGUGCAGAGUAUUAGUUUGGACUGGCUCAGUGCUCUUUGCUUGGAAGACGUUUCCGCGCAGUCGCAUGUGCGUGCAUUUCUAACGGGUGAAGCCGUGAGUUAGUGUCCUGACGUGUUCACGCUGCUUUCCCCGGCGCCUCCCUACACUCGGGGCUUUCCCGCGUUGCUGGAUGGAGCUGAGCCAGAGAUGUGCCUGCAGCAGCACGACCGCCGUGCCGGCAGGAGGCCUUUCCAAGCUAGCUUUAACCCUGCCAGCUUGGGCACCAGCUGCAGCCCGGUUGUGGCCACCCAGAGCUCAGCACAGACUGUGUUGGUGUCUGUUGUAUUGCAGACCUGCCCCCACUGAACUAGGGACUUGCUCCCAUGCCUGCAGGUUGUGCAGCUCCUUGUUUGCGCAGGGGUUUGGUGCUGGGCCACGCUGUGCUCCUGUGCAGUGCUUUCCUCAGGCUUGUGUCGCAGAUGAGUCACUGUGGCGUGCCUCUCGGUGUCGGGACCCGCGGGUGCGAGCCGGCUGUGCAGCGUGCUGGAGCCGGGGGAGGAGGCGCCUCGCGGUGCUCCUCCAUCCUGCUGCCGCCUGUCCUCCAAACUCCGAUGUCUGCGUCUACAGCCCCAAGUGACUUGUGUCUUAUGAGCUCUUCUUCCCUUCCCCCAGCCUCCCUCGGGCAUUAGGAAUUCCUCUGUUGAAUAGUCUUAAGCGUGGCAAAAAUUAGCAAGUGGGGGAGGCUGGAAGGGGAGAAAUUCUCAGCGUGUGAGAUUGCGCCGUGAAGUCCUGCUGCUGCUAACCCGGCCUCUCCCCUCUGCUCCUGCCCUCUCCAAAGCAUCUCUUCUUUCACUAGAAAGAUGACCCACGAGCAUUUUAAGGUACUGCGUGCCCCAGAAGCGAGCGUGUGUUGCUUGGGGCUCCCAAAAACAUCCAGCAACAGCCGGCGACUGCGGAGGCCAGUGCCAAUCUGCAGUUUACAGGCAGGAACUGGAGGCCUGAGUAAAGGCCUCUCGGGUCUUUGUCCUGGGCCCCUCACUUCACAUCCUGUAUGGCACCAAGCAGGCUAUCGGUGCUUGAUCGGAAAGCCCCCUUCCUUAUGGGUUCCCUUGUCACGGCCUCCCGUUGCGUGUUAAAUGCCUGGAGGCUCUGGGCUCGUAUUUCACUCGAGCAAUUUUUGUACUCGCAAGGAAGGGACUGAUCUGCAUCAUGAUGACUAGAGACCAGCCACUGUCCUGUAAAACAUUCCAGUGUAACAGCCCUGCCCGCACGUGAAUGAACUGCAAAUUGCUUGAGCCUAAGCCUUUUAAAACUGGUUUUGAAUGGAUUUUCAGUAUUACAAAGCACUCCCCACCUCUACGUAUGAAAGGAUACUGUCCAGAAGAGCUCCCCUCUGCGAGCCCCAAUGGUGCCUCUCUCUGCCCCGUGCAAGUUUUGCAACUAGACCUUUGAAAAAAGAACCUGCGCAGGGUCAUGGGACCUUCGCUUCUCUUCCCCGAAAGACCAGAUGCGAAUCCUUCCCUGAAAGGCUUAAAUGGUUGCGCUUGAGAGUGACUGAGAGGCAUCUCUGAAGGUUUUGGCAGAUGGCAGGAGGCUUACAUCUGUAACGAAUCUCAGCUGAAUCUCGGGACGUGGGGCGAGACGCGUUUGGCUGGUUUGAAGGCAGUUAGAUCUUUCCUCUGUCAUUUUGGAGAGCAAAAUUCAAAGUGCUUUCCUGAGAGACCGGUGCAGAUCCUGCUGGUUCUCAUUAGAAACGUGUCUGCUGUCAGCACGCCGCGGCUGACUCUGCCUUCUGCACGAUCGGACGCAGCACAGAAACGACACGCUAAGCUGGCCGGUGCGCCCUCUGGGUUAUUCAGUCCAGUCCUUUUACCCCCUGGUUUAGAAAGAAGCAUCGCCAAAGGUCUCGGUCUCUGAAUCUAGCGUAGGGACUAAUGCCUGUCACUAAGGGCGGCGUGUCAUUAUUGCCAUCGGGAAUCUUGGGGGCAGAUAACGGUGGGUUGGCAUUUACCAUGUGAGGGGCGAUUUUAAUUCCAGUCUGCCCUGAUUUCAUUGUUGGUGAAAGAAAAGACGUUAGCUGUUAGGUGUCUUUGUGCUUUGUAUAAUGCCACGAGUCUCGGUCCGAGAGGAGGAGGUUGGAAUUUUACUAAAUAUAGGAAAGAUAAGUAGGUGAAAAACUUAUGUACUUUCAGAGUAGAAGAUUAAUAUUAUACCUUAUAUUUAUGGGACAAAGUAUCGAGGGGACAUAGGACUCAUUUAAACAAAUCUUUGUCUUUACUUACUGGUUCUUAAAUAUAUAUGGCAUGAGCAUCUACACACUUAGGUGAUAAAUACUACGUAUGUGUAUAAAUAUAUACUAUACACAUCCAGACGCUGUUUGGUCAGCUUUAUAAAGCUUAUCAAUUACAAAUCCUGUCUUUCAGUCAGUUCUAGCUAGUAAGACCGUAGGCGUUUUAAUUAAGGUUUUGUUCCUUUUUUUUUUUGGAGGGAGUCGGAAUCGCCGUUUUUAUUUUUACCCUAGCCGGGCCCCGUCUUUGGAAGGAUCCCUUUUAAACAAGAUGUGCAAAUAGACUGCAGUAGCAGAGUACUUAUGAAGGGAAGGUUUGAUUUCAAUAAAGUUAAAUACAGCUGCUUCUGGCAGCUUUUCUCACAGACUGGCAGCUAAAUACAACUUCAUGUAGUUCAGAGUUUAGGGGAAAAGUGUCAGAUUUAUGCAUUUUCAGCGACAGUAUAAUAUACUGUUCUUUACAAGCUAAACUUUUCUAUUAAAGUAAAGUGUGGAUUAUUUCACUGAGAUAUGCAAAUCCUCUGUUCAGCUACCGCUUCGACACAGGAACUCUGGAGAAAUUGUCCCUGCGACAUACAAGUUUUAUUUAUUGUGCUUUUCUAUAGGUAAAGUGGAAAACUGAAGUUGGCUUUAAGUGUUUGCAAUCUGAGACAUGAUGUGAAAAAAAAAAAAAAAAAAGCAGCUCAACUAAAUGUACAUUCUUUUCAAUCUUUCUUUUUGUGUGAAGGCUUUUGUCUUUGUAUCUUUGCAUUAUUUGUAAAUGAAAUGUAAUAAAAGUUCAAAUGUUUUUGUC